AUUAGGACAUAUUAUGCCACUAUUACAUAAAAGUUAUACUUAUACACAGACAGCGUAGAAAGAGUGUAUACACAAUAUAUUUUAAUAUUGAUUAUAAUAUUAUGAUAACCGGGUCGCACUUGGCAAAUAUAUUAUUUUUAGUUUUUAUAUUUAUAUGACGUUUGCAUAAUAAUAUAAGGUUGCAGACACCUGUUAUGUAAAUAUAACUGACGUCUUACAAUAAUCACUAAUCACCAUUCACCACAGUACAGAAACCUACUUCAUUAAAUCGAGGUUGUUAUUAGCUAUUUCGCUAUUCGAGUAUUCGACUGUAUUGGCCGUACAAGUGAUUAUAGUAUUAUACCGACCACCGACGGUACUCGCGGAAACUGAUCGGCUACCCGACUGACCAAAAGACGACACUGCCCAGACAUGGCAUUGGCAACUAGCAGACUGGCAAUAGUGACAGGUGGCAACAAGGGCAUCGGGUACGCCAUCGUAAAGGAUCUGUGUGAGCGAUUCGACGGCGAUGUUUACCUUACAGCCCGCGACGUUGGCAGGGGCGAGGCCGCGGUCGGACGGCUUAAUGAGCUGGGUCUGAAGCCUAAGUUCCACCAGCUGGACGUGACCGACACAGGUAGCGUGGCCGCGUUCGCCAAGUUCGUGGCCGACAGCUACGCGGGCAUUGACGUGCUGGUCAACAACGCCGCGAUCGCGUUCAAGGCUGCAACCGAACCGUUCGGAGUACAGGCUGAAGAAACGCUCCGGGUCAACUACUUUGCACUGCGGUCCGUGUGCGACACACUGUUCCCAUUGCUAGUGCCCGAAAUGUUUAUUUAUAUGCUCAACGUUUUGGUGAAAUCAAAAUUUGUCUAUCGUACUUACUUUUUACGUUAUUGUUAA